CUUUUGCUUUUCCGCGCAUGGGCGAGUGGGUUCGGCUUUGUUCCAAGCAUUUCGGCACUUCAUUUCAAUUCAAUGAGAAAUUCCAUUCCGACAAGACAUCUUCCCCCUCAGGGCCAGCGAGAAAACAAAACGCACUCCCUCUCCUCGGACUCGGGCAGCCUCGGAGAGAAGCUCCGAGGAGGCGAGAGGAAAUCGAGCAUCGGCGAUGGCGACACCGCCGCUCCUGGGGCUCGCGUGGCUCCUUCUGACCGUCCUACCGGAACAUGUCCGGUGUCUCAACGGCGACGAGGACCACAACCAGGACACCGACUGCAAGAUGAAGAGCGUCACCGUCUCGGCGCUGCCUUUUUUGAGGGAGAACGACCUGAGCAUCAUGCACAGCCCGUCGGCCUCCGAACCGAAGCUGCUCUUUUCCGUUCGGAACGACUUUCCCGGAGACGUCGUGGUCGUGGACGACUUGGAGAACACCGAGCUCCCAUUUUUCGUCCUCGAGAUUUCUGGGAACUCAGAGGACAUCCCUUUGGUGCGAUGGAAGCAGCAGUGGCUGGAGAACGGAACUCUGCUCUUUCACAUUCACCAUCAGGAUGGCAGCCUAAGCCUCCCUGAACCAACUGAAGAUCCAGCGCACACAUCUGCAAAGGAGGAGCUCCGUAUCCUGCAUAUCUCAGUGAUGGGUGGGAUGAUUGCCCUUCUGCUGUCCAUCCUGUGUCUGGUCCUCAUCCUCUACACCCGCAGACGCUGGUGUAAACGCCGCCGGAUCCCUCAGCCUCAGAAGAGUGCCAGCGCUGAGGCAGCUAAUGAGAUCCAUUAUAUCCCCUCAGUGCUGAUGGGAGGCCAGGCCCGAGAGAGCUUGAGGAACUCCCGGGGUCAUGGGCCAAACUCCAGUGGUACCCUCAGUAUCCGAGAGACUCCAAUUCUGGAUGGGUACAAGUACGAGUAUGACAUCACAGACCUGCGUCACCAUCUGCAGCGAGAGUGCAUGAAUGGAGGCGAGGAAUUUGCAAGUCAAGUCAGCCGUACCCUGGACUCCCUGCAGGGAUGCAAUGACAAGAAUAAUAUGGACCUGACUCCCGUGAGUGAUACAAAGCUGGCCCUAAUGAACAAAUAUAAAGACAACAUCAUUGCCACCAGUCCAAUUGACAGUAACCACCAGCAGAACACCUUGCUUCCACACAACACCUCCACCAGCCAGCGCAAACGUCUCUCCAGCAGCAAUCGCACGGGUUCAAAUUUCUUGAACCCAGACGGAGACUCUGGCACUGAGGCUGACAGCGAGCCUCAGCUGGCUUUUUACACUGACCCAAACCGCAGUCGACGCCGGAGUCGAGGUAUGCGAAAUGGUAACGCCAACAGCGCAUGGGGCUCAGGGGCAGCAGGUUCCCCGCGGAGCCCCAUCAAUAAGACCACACUGACACUAAUCAGUGUCAUCAGCUGCGUGAUGAGCCUGGUUUACUGCUCUCACAUGUCCUGCAACCUCUCAGUACGCGUAAUCCUCCAUGUGCCGGAGCACCUCAUCGCUGACGGGUCAAGGUUUAUUUUGCUGCAGGGGAGUCAGUUGGAUGCCUCUGACUGGCUGAACCCAGCACAGAUCUUGCUGUACUACCAGCAGAAUGCCAGUGGGCCAUGGGUGAAUGAGCUGUGCGGACGACGCCUGCUGGACCCCUGUGAGCACCAGUGUGAUCAAGAAACAGGUGACUGCAUUUGUCUUCAUGGCUACAUGAAGGACCCAGUCCACAAGCACCUCUGCAUCCGUAGUGAGUGGGGGCCCAAUCAGGGGCCUUGGCCUUACACCAUCUUCCAGCGCGGUUUUGAUCUUGUGAUGGGAGAACAACCCUCUGAUCGCAUUUUCAGAUUCACGUACACCUUGGGAGAAGGGAUGUGGCUGCCUUUGAGUAAAAGCUUUGUCAUCCCACCUGCAGAGCUCGCCAUCAACCCAUCUGCUAAAUGCAAGACUGAUAUGACAGUUAUGGAGGAUGCUGUAGACGUAAGAGAAGAAUUGAUGAUCAGCUCAUCCUUUGACUCUUUGGAAGUUCUCCUGGACUCAUUUGGACCAGUCAGAGACUGUACCAAAGACAACGGAGGCUGUAGCCGCAAUUUCCGCUGCAUAUCUGACAGAAAACUGGAUUCCACUGGUUGUGUGUGCCCCCCAGGGUUGAGUCCUAUGAAAGAUGGGAGUGGAUGCUAUGACCACCACAUUGGCAUUGAUUGCUCUGAUGGUUUCAAUGGAGGUUGCGAGCAGCUGUGUCUCCAGCAACUGGCUCCUCUGGAAGAUGAUCCAACUCUUUACAACAUCCAGAUGUUCUGUGGCUGUAUUGAGGACUACAAGCGAGGGCCAGAUGGGAGAUCUUGCCUGCCAUUAUCUGAUGCCUGCUCGGAAGGGAUAGACUGUGGGGAAGCUACAGACAUUCCUGCUAACCAGACUGUGUUUGGAGACCUUUUUUAUGGCUACAACAAUCACACCAAAGAGAGCACCUCUGGACAAAUCCUCAAGGCCACAUUCAGACAGAAAAACUUUGCAAGAGGUAUCGAGCAGCAGCUACCAGAUGGCACGGUGGUGGCGUCUGUGCCAACAGAAGUUCAGUGUCACGAGGACCUAUCGCAGCCACUGCCUGACCCAGAAUACCUCACAGGCAUGGUGAACUACAGUGAAGUGUCUGGCUACCCCCUUGUGCAGCGUUGGAGUCUUCGCUCUGUGCAGUACCACGUCAAACUCAAUCAGUGGGUCUUAUCUCAAGCCUUCAGCUCAGCCAUCCAUUCACUGGAUGGAGCAACGGAGCGGGGCGACUUUGCAUCAAUCCUAAAGGAAUUCGGAAACCACUAUGCACAGGAGGCCAUGUAUGGGUUUCAAGAGUCCUGUACUAUUUGGUACCCCAACAAACAGGUUCAGAGACAACUGUGGCUCGAGUACCAGGACAUCAGCAAAGGUAACUCACCUUCUGAGGAAUCAGAGGAGCAUGACAAGGAGCCUAGGACUUUGACCUACCCUGCAUACAUUGCCAGCUUGCUGGAUACAGGAGCCAAGCGGAUGGCAGCCGGUGUCCGGAUGGAUUGCACCAGCCAGGGCCAGUGUCCUCGUUCCUGCCAUCUCUGCCAUAUGAGCCCGAGGGCAGCUCAAGGGCGACAGCAGUCCGAGCCUGUCCUGCUGCAAAUCACCAAGGCAGCACCCAUCUAUGAAUUGGUGUCCAACAACGAGACAUACCAGGCUCUUCAAGAGGCAAUGAUGAGCAUGCUGUGGUGUUCAGGGAGGGGUGAUGUGAUUGAUGACUGGUGUCGAUGCGAUUCCAGUGCCUUUGGCGUCGAUGGACUCCCUACUUGCGCACCUCUCCCACAACCGAUGCUGAAACUGUCUUACACUUAUGAGCCGAGUAGCUCAUUGCUCAUCAUGGAAUGGAACCACACAGAGCCACCUAUUGGUGUGCGGAUCAUUGAUUAUCUCGUCAGCCAGGAGAGGGUGACUGAGAGGACCGACCACUCCAAAGUUGAGACAGAAAUGCUUUUGAGCUUCGUGGAUGACAUCUUGUCAGGUGCCAGGUCUCCAUGCGUGAUGUUGGGUGACAUCCCAAACCUCCUGUCAUCCUCUGUCAGCAUGAUCGUUCGCUGUCUGGAGCCUGACACCACAUAUAUGUUCCGACUGUGGGCAGUUGACAACACUGGGCGUCGCUCCAGUCCAAGUGAGGUCACCAUUAAAACUCCAUGUCCAACUGUGGAUGAUGUCAAGGCUCAAGACAUAGCUGAUAAAAUCUACAACCUGUUUAAUGGCUACACCAGUGGGAAGGAGCAGCAGACAGCAUAUAACACUCUGAUGGACCUGGGUGCCCCAGCGCUCCACCGAGUUCUGUAUCACUACAACCAGCGCUAUGAGAGCUUUGGAGAGUUUACCUGGAGGUGUGAGGAUGAGCUUGGACCCAGGAAAGCUGGCCUUAUCCUCUCGCAGUUAAAUGAACUGUCCCCAUGGUGUAAAGGCCUUCUUCAGGAGCCCAAGAUUGGGCUUCGCAGGAUGUCACUCAAGUUCCUUUCCUGCCGCUACACUGACACCAAGGCCUUUGGGAUGAACUGGGCAGAUAUGGGCCAGGACGUACACAAGGCAUGUGAUGAGCAGAUGCUAACUGUCAUGUAUAAUGACUACGGUGAGCCCAAGGAGAUCUAAAUGUAUAUAACCUAACCUAGACUAUUAGGGUUUGCCAGAUCGAACAAAAAGUGGUAUUACAUUUAAGUGUGUGCAUUUAAAAAAUGACAGCAAGCUUAUUUUUUUUAGUAUGUUUGCAACUCUUCAGUGGCUCUUCAUCAGAAACAAAUCCAAAGUCAAAGUGUAGGGUCCAAGCAGGUGAAUAUCUCUGUUCUUAUGUCAUGUCACCGACUGGAGCCUUGUAACUAUUGGUCAUCACUGUCUUUUUUUAAAGAACGUUGUAGAUGUGCUGCCGCACUUCUUUAAUUAAUGUCAUCAGCUUAAUGAGUUUCAAGAUAUAUUCUGUAUAUUAUAGCGCAUUACUAUACAACAAAAUCACUCCCCAUUUCAUUUGAAUCCUGCAUGUACUGUAUCUCUACAUUGACAUUAACUUUGCAUUUUGACACUAAACCUCGUUGCGCACAGGAUAUCGAAGAAAUCAUUAGUUAGCACCAGAAAUCCCAUCUGUAUUUGAGUAGAUGGGUUGCUUUUGAAGGAAACGUGAGUUGGCGUGUGUGCGUAAAUGCAGGCAUACAGACGGUAUGGAAUGCUAAGAAAAAAAAAUGAUCUGCUUGCUGUGUUAUGCGCUUCAACAAUGUACAGUACAUUGCACUCAAUGUCGAAUUUUAGAUCCAAGCUGCUGAAUGUAGAAUUUAUGGUUGGUCAUUUUGAAUGAAGUUGUAAAAGAGAUUCACUCACUGGGAUAUGUCUACUAUUAUACUUCAAAUCAUUAUAUGAAAAUAUCUUUUUUGUUUAUGUUUCUGUGAUUAAAAUUCCCACUCAUGACGGUAAAUGUUGUAAUUCACUAACUAGUUUUAAUGAACUUUAUCUGUUAUUGAACUUUGAUUGUUCUCGUGUGACCUUUGAAUAAUUGUGUUUCGAGUAGACUGUCCGAGUGUUUUAUUCGUGUUCGUAUUUUUGGGUGGACUGCAGAGCCGCUCUGCAGUGUGAAGGUCAGAUCUGUUGUUCAUUGCUAAGACGUUUCUUUCUUAAUACUAACAUGAAAGCUCGAUUUUUGUGGAGGCAGCCGUGUUUUACACAUACAGCAAUGUACAGUGUUUCCUUCUGUAUAUUCAACUACAAAAAUAGUGUGCGCUUCACAAGAUGGCUGCUAACAUGUAUUGUCUUUUGCCGUGUCGCUCAAUCUUUGCAGUUCUAAUGUGAAAAGACCGGUUUCGUUUGUUGUAUCUGAACAUGAUCAAGUACUGAUUGAAAUGCUCAAUAAUUGGUUGAUUAAAGGACUAUACAACAUUGUGUUGCUCAAAAAGGAAUAUGACAUGGGAUUGAGAGAUAGAAAAGAUGGAGAAAUUUGACCAAUUACAACGUGCAUGAUCCUGUCUUUAAACGUGGCUGUCAUCACGUCAACAUUUUCACUUUAUGACUUCAAGAAUAAAGACAUGAAAUGUGCCCGUA